ACGAUGGAACUCAAGAAGUUUCUUGCCAUAGAAAUGUGGCGUAUCGAAUUAAUUAGGAAACCAAUUAAAUAUGAAUCAACUAUUGCGUUAUUUCACGUACCUACUAGAAAAUACUUAUCUACUAAAAGGGUCAAAUAUCCAAAAAAUAAACAAUAUAUGGUCGUUUGUACAGACAAAGAAUUAGAUUUUGAACACGACCUUUGGACGAUUUGUGAUAUGAAUGUUAAAGUUCCUUUCUCAACUUGUAACAUUUUCGGGUUUAAACAUAAAGAAACAGGUGAAAAAUUGCAUUCCCAUUUUACGGUACACGGGACAACCCCCAAAUCAAACCAUCAGCAAGUGACUCUUUGGAUGCAUGGAGCUCCGGACGAACAUUGGAUUAUUCGGCAUCAUGGUUCUAAAGUCGAUCUAGACCAUUUAAUGGACGGUGAUGUUAUUAAUCUCUUUCAUAAACGUACUAAUCUACCACUCUACAGUCAUGAUGUUCUAUUGGAUGAUGGAACUCAAGAGGUUUCUUGUAAUGGAGACGGACGUGAAGAUAAUAAUAUG